AUGUCGGCUCAGAUUCCAAUUGCCGUUCGUCACCGUGUGAGCGACAAGGCCAAGACGACGCUGGACGUCGUUGCCAAGUUUGUUGAGGAAGAAUGCAUUCCCGCCGAUGCCGUCUAUGAAGCCCAGAUUGGAUCUGGUGAUGCUAGAUGGAAAGCCCACCCCCCAAUUUUGGAAGACCUGAAGAAGAAGGCGCGGUCCCUCGGGCUGUGGAACAUGUUUCUGCCCAAAGGUCACUAUAAGGAGUCGCCGGGCUGGACGAAUCUCGAGUAUGGCCUGAUGGCCGAGUGGCUGGGCAAGUCGAGGACUGCCUCGGAAGCCGUUAACUGUGCUGCCCCGGACACGGGCAACAUGGAGGUGCUGGCCAAGUACGGAAACGAUGCGCAAAAGGCCGAAUGGUUGAAGCCCCUGAUGGAGGGCGAGAUCCGGUCCGCCUUUUUGAUGACGGAGCCCCAGGUGGCUUCGUCGGAUGCCCGCAACAUUGAGAUGAAGAUUGAGAAGGACGGUGAUCAUUAUGUGUUGAACGGACAGAAAUGGUGGUCCAGCGGUGCUGGCGACCCCCGUUGCAAGGUCUAUAUCGUCAUGGGCAAGAGUGAUGCCGGUAACCGGGACCCUUACCGCCAACAGUCCGUGAUUCUUGUGCCAGCGACCACCCCCGGCAUUACUAUCCAUCGCAUGCUUUCUGUCUACGGGUACGACGACGCUCCGCACGGGCACGGCCACAUUACUUUCAAGGACGUCCGCGUACCCGCGGCGAACCUCGUCCUCGGCGAGGGCCGCGGGUUUGAAAUCAUCCAGGGGCGUCUCGGUCCCGGGCGCAUCCACCACGCGAUGCGGACAAUUGGCGCAUCCGAACGCGCCCUGGAGUGGAUGCUGAUGCGCAUCAACGAUCCCAGGAAGACCACGUUCGGCAAGCAACUGCGCGAGCACGGUGUGAUUCUGGAGUGGGUGGCCAAGUCGCGCAUUGAGAUUGACGCCGCGCGCCUGGUUGUGCUUAACGCGGCCAUCAAGAUGGACGACCACGGCCCCAAGGCUGCGCUCACCGAGAUUGCCCAGGCUAAGGUGCUCGUCCCGCAGACGGCGCUGACCGUCAUUGACCGGGCGGUACAAUCGUUUGGUGGAGCGGGUGUCAGCCAGGACACGCCGCUGGCCUACAUGUGGGCGGGCAUCCGGACGCUGAGGCUGGCGGACGGGCCCGACGAGGUCCAUCUGCAGCAGAUGGGUAGGAAUGAGAAUAAGCGCGGCAAUGCAGUGGCCCAGAAGAUCGCGGCGCAAAAGGCCAAGUCAGAGCAGCUUCUGAAGCAGUACGGGGUAGAGCGCAUCGAGAUUGGGUCCAACAUCAAGCAUUAA